AUGGCCGAGGUGAGUGUGGGUAUGGGUGUAGGUGUGGGUGUGCCGCUGGUAUGGUCGAGGACUCUAGGACGUCCAGCAGCCCGGUCGCUUGGCCUGGUGAAGGGGGAGGAAGGGUCGGAAGCGAAGAGGAGGGGAGAAAGAAGGGAAGGGUUGCGGGUGCGGAAGCGGGUGCGCGCGCAAGUUGAUGCGGAUCAAGUGGAAAUAUGGGUUGCGGGUGAAUUAAAGGUUUCGAGGUUUCGAGGACGAAGACGUCUCGAUGUUGGGUUGGCGAAGGGCUGGGGCUUGUGGCUGGUCAACGAGGCGAUCCAAAAAUAGCUGCGAACGGGCCACUCCAUCCAGGGUUAGCAAUUUUGCCGCCCACAAGGAAAUCACCGGCGAAUCAACGCAGAGGGAUCCUUACCACGUUUGGACCGCUGUCACUGGACGACCCUUUCGACGAAUCUUAUUCAGGGAAACAAAGCGAGCUGCGAGUGUGCUGGCUGCGGAGACCACCCUACGCUGCGGUGCAGGUGCAGCUGUCGGCUCGCUAGCGUUAGAGUCACGGCCGGCGCUCGCAGAGAAGGGCCUGGUACUGGGGAACAAAGGGCCUGGAGAGGACGCUGCAGACGCUGGAAAGAGGAGAACGGCGUCUGGGGGGAGAUGUGAGGUGCGAGGGGGGGACGGCGAGCGUAUAGGUACGGGCGUGCAGGCGGGCGGGCGUACCGUAAGGAGCGAGGCAGCUCAAGCUUGA